CUCCAUGGCCCCCCUCACUGACCUACCACAGUGGAGACACAUCAGACCCUCUGACCUCACGUGUAACUCCAGUAGCAAAGCUGGGAGAGAUCAUUAUGGGGUAGGGAUGCUGGGCUUGAAGGGAUCUGAAGGCCCUCCCUGAAGCAUCUGGGUUUUGUGUUUGGGGUAGAAGGGAGGUUGUUGAUCCCACACUUAAUGGAUCUGGGCCAAGGCUGUUUGGAGGGUGACCCUGAGAGCAUUAGUGCAGAGAAGGGGAAAAGAGAAAGCCGAGACAAGGAGACGAGCUGAGAGAGCAGAAAACAGCUUGAGACAAGCAGGGGGGCGGGGGGGUAAGGAAGAGGACUAGGAGGGAAGGUGACAGACACAACUCCGGAGCUCAGAGCAGCUGAGAGAACAGAGGGCAGGCUUCUGCAGGGCCAGGGAGGUGUGGGGUGCAGGAGCAGAGGCCCGCUGCUCAGGCUGGUGAAUGUGGGCUGGUUCCACCGCUCCCACCCGCUCGCUCCCUAGGUGUGUUUGUUUACUGGUUCCUCCCAGUCUCAGAUGCUCCUGCUCUCCAACCUGGGGCACUCAGGUGCAGUCACAGUCUCCCGGACUCCUGGGCCCUGGACCCAGCCAUGGGCACCUCCAGUGCCGUCCUCUGCAUCCUGUUCUUCUGUGGGGCGCUGGGUAAGGGUCUCACCACUCUCCCUGCCCCGCGGCGGCUCCACUGUUACACCUGCAGCUUCGCCAAACCCUGCUACCCUGUUCCCACCGAGUGUGGGGAUGAUGAAGCUUGUGGCAUCAGCAUCGGCACCUCAGAGUGAGGUCAUCCAGCGGAAAGGCUGCCUCCCCAGGGCCCAGUGCCCUCUGCCUGGCCAUGCCACCUACUGGUCACGCUCCUACGCGCUGCGGCACCACUGCUGCGACCAGGACCUGUGCAACGUGGCCCCCAGGCCCCUGGUCCCCACCCUGCUCCUCACCGCCAGCUUCACCUUCGGAGGCCACCUCCUCCUCUAGCCUCCUCAGAGCUGCGGCCCUCAACCCAGACGCCCUCACCAUCUCCGCGGCCCUGGAGACACCUGCCUGACACUUGAGAUGUGGCCAAGUUCCUGGUUUGACAGACAGGCCUCAGCUCCCUGGCCCCACAGCUUUGCAGAGCUCUUCCAAGACCUGAUUCCUGUGGGCCCUCCUCCAGCCCCUACAACUUGCCCAGAGCCCGGCCUCAUAAAAAUGCUGUUCUGUGUCUUUUGUCUUUUUUAGAUACCGAGGCUGAUGCCCUCUCCAAGCCCCAGGUCUCUGGCAAGGCAGGUGCUUGAUGGAGCUGUGGGUCCCAGGCAAGGGGAUGGCAGGGGCCCCAUGUAUGGAGAGGAGGGGUGUCUUGCCAGGGAAGGUCCAUUUGGUAGAUCAGGAACUUAGGAAGGAGGGCUUGGGGAACGAUGAAGGGCGAAUUUAAUAAAGUGCUAUCUGGGGGUCUGGUAA